CUCCACCCCCUCGACUCUCGUCACGCCUCAGCGGGGUUUCUCAUGUUGAAAGGGUUCAUUGUGUCGGGGGCUGAAUUUUGCUCGGACUCCGUGUGUUAUCGUCAGAGCCUCGGGAUUAACGGGACAGCAACUUACAUGGAGGCAGAGCCAUGCACGCAGACGAGCCUUUAACGGAGAAUGAGACAUUAACGGCGCUUGAUGCGGAUAGCGAUGUCCCGCUGAGACGGUGUGUCUGUGUCUAUGAGUGAUGCUUUAAAAUGCAAGAAGAAGAUGCGCUGCGAGGCCGAGCGCUGGAUAAAGAAUGUAAAACAGCACGGAUUAACAAUGUAGCGGAUAAACAGCGCGUCUGAUCCGUCGAGGGAAACGUGUAGUGACCUAUGAGGGGGGAAAAAAAUCUGGACCUGCGCAUCUUCGAAUAUUGUAUUGUUCUUCACCAGGAUUCAUUUUUCAUUGAAAAAGAAACGGCAAGCAGUUUAUCCUCUGGUGUAUAAGCCUCAUCCUCAUCACCAUCAUCAUCGUCAAACAGAGAAACAAAAACAUGGGCAACGCAGAGAGCGUGGACGCGCAGCUCACAGACUUCAGGGCGAGGAACAAGCCGCCCAAACUGCCCAUGCCUGACCCCGCGGAGCUCGAGGAGAGGUUCUCCAUCGCUUUGAAUUCUAUGAACCUUCCACCGGACAAGGUGAGGCUUCUACGGCAGUACGAUAACGAGAAGAAAUGGGAGCUCAUCUGCGAUCAGGAACGAUUCCAGGUGAAGAAUCCUCCUCACACAUAUAUCCAGAAGCUAAGAGGAUUUCUGGACCCCGCUGUCACAAGAAAGAAAUUCAGGAGGAGAGUUCAGGAAUCCACCCAGGUGCUCCGUGAGCUGGAAAUCUCACUUCGAACUAAUCAUAUCGGGUGGGUGAGAGAGUUUUUGAAUGAAGAGAAUCAAGGCCUGGAUGUUCUGGUGGAGUACCUAUCCUUCGCACAGUAUGCCGUAACCUUUGAUGGCGAUGCAGCGGAAAGCACUAGUGGAGAGGCUUCUGUAGAGACCCCGUGGAGCAGAUCUAUAGAAGAUCUACACGGCGAUGCUAAUCUACCUUCACCAGUCAGCAGCAGCAGUAUUCAACGCUCCACGCGACACUCCUUACGGUCCAACACUCUUCCCAGCCGUAGGACGCUCAAAAAUUCACGUUUGGUUUGUAAAAAGGAUGACGUGCACGUCUGUAUCAUGUGUCUCAGAGCCAUUAUGAACUACCAGUACGGCUUCAACAUGGUCAUGUCACAUCCACAUGCUGUAAAUGAAAUUGCUCUGAGCCUCAACAACAAAAAUCCCAGGACCAAAGCUUUGGUUCUGGAGCUGCUGGCUGCAGUUUGUCUCGUGAGAGGAGGGCAUGAGAUCAUCCUGGCAGCCUUCGACCAUUUCAAAGAGGUCUGUUCAGAGUCCCAGCGGUUUGAGAAGCUAAUGGAGGACUUUAAAAACGAAGACAACAAUAUUGAUUUCAUGGUGGCAUGCAUGCAGUUCAUCAACAUCGUUGUGCACUCUGUAGAAGACAUGAAUUUUCGAGUUCACCUUCAGUAUGACUUCACCAAGCUUGCACUGGAUGAUUAUCUGGAAAGACUGAAGCACACCGAGAGUGAUAAGCUGCAGGUGCAGAUCCAGGCGUACCUAGAUAACCUGUUCGAUGUGGGCACGCUGCUGGAGGAUGCUGAGACCAAAAACGCAGCGCUGGAACGCGUGGAGGAGCUGGAGGAGAGUCUGUCACAAAUGACGGACAAGCUGCUGGACAUGGAAAACGAGGCCAUGUCUAAGAUUGUGGAGCUGGAAAAGCAGCUGAUGCAGAAGAACAAGGAGCUGGACUCCCUCCGGGCUUUGUACAGGGACGCCAGCUCUCAGGUGCAUUCGCUCCGGCGUAUGGUGCGCGAGAAGGAUGAAGCCAUCCAGAAGCAGUCCAGGCUGGAGAAGAAGAUUCACGAGCUUGAGCGGCGUGGUAGUCUGCAGAUCCAGGUGAGGGGUGAGGGAGAUGGUGAGGGAGAAACGUCCCCUCUGCCCUCUCCUCCUCAGCCCAUGCCUCUCUCACCGUGCCCUGAUGCCAUGGUCCAAGCUGGAGCAGGUGCCAGCAGCUCGUAUGCUUCUACGUCACAAACUGGAACCCUGAGGAAGAUAGCCACUCCUCCUCCACCUCCACCACCGCCUCCUCCACCACCACCCAUGCCUGACGACUCCUUACCAAACGGACCAUCAGCUGUCACGGCCCCUCCUCCUCCUCCUCCACCUCCGCCCCCUCCUCCACCACCUCCCCUUGGGCAGGCCAUGGAGAUGUCCACCCCACUACCCCCGCCUCCUCCCCCUGUAGCCCCUCCGCUCCCUGGUUGUGGCACGCCCACAGUCAUAUUUAAUUCUGGCCUAACAGAUGGACCAAUCAAGCUCUUCUCGGUGAAGAUUAAAAAGCCAAUCAAGACUAAGUUCCGGAUGCCGGUCUUUAACUGGGUGGCUCUGAAACCUAAUCAGAUCAAUGGCACUGUCUUUAAUGAGAUUGACGAUGAAAGGAUUCUAGAGGACCUGAACGUGGACGAGUUUGAGGAGAUGUUUAAGACCAAAGCCCAGGGUCCUUCAGUGGAUAUGACCUUGAGCAAGCAGAAGGCUCCACAGAAGGGCCCCAGUAAAGUGUCACUCCUAGAGGCCAACAGGGCCAAGAAUCUGGCCAUCACUUUACGCAAAGCAGGAAAGAGCCCUGAGGAGAUCUGCAAAGCAAUUCAGUCGUUCGACCUGCGCACCGUGCCUGUAGACUUCGCUGAGUGUCUGAUGCGCUUCAUGCCCACUGAAGCAGAGGUGAAGACGCUGCGGCAGUACGAGAGGGAGCGGCGACCCUUGGCGGAACUGACCGACGAGGAUCGCUUCAUGAUGAUGUUCAGCAAGAUCGAACGGCUGCCUCAGAGGAUGACCAUCAUGGCCUUCAUGGGCAACUUUAGUGACAGCCUGCAGAUGCUCACACCGCAACUUCAUGCCAUUAUUGCCGCAUCAGUGUCCAUUAAAUCCUCCCAGAAGUUGAAGAAGAUCCUUGAAAUCAUUCUAGCUCUGGGGAACUACAUGAACAGCAGUAAGAGAGGAGCAGUGUAUGGCUUCAAGCUUCAAAGUUUAGAUUUGCUGCUGGAGACCAAGUCCACAGACAGGAAGCAAACCCUUCUGCACUACAUCGGUAAUGUGGUGAGGGAGAAAUACGCCGUUGUGAGCAUGUUCUACAAUGAACUCCAUUAUGUAGAGAAAGCUGCUGCUGUUUCUCUGGAGAAUGUUCUGCUGGACGUGAGGGAGCUGCAGAGGGGGAUGGAUCUGACUCGCCGUGAAUACAGCAUGCAUGGGCACAACUCGCUGCUCAAAGACUUUAUCCAGCACAACGAGAGCAGGCUGAAAAAACUACAGGAUGAUGCAAGAAUCUCACAGGACGCUUAUGACGAAGUUGUGAAGUAUUUCGGCGAAAGCCCCAAAACCAUGCCACCUUCUGUAUUCUUCCCAGUCUUCGUGCGCUUCGUCAAGGCCUACAGGCAAGCAGAUGAUGAGAACGAGCAGAGGAAGAAGCAGGAGCAGCUGAUGAUGGAGAAGCUUAUGGAACAGGAGGCCAUGAUGGAAGAGCAGGAGGAUCAGCAGUCUCCAUCUCAUAAAGGCAAGAGGCAGCAGCAGGAGCUGAUUGCCGAGCUGAGGAAGAGGCAAGGCAAGGACAGCCGCCUUGUCUACGAGGGCAAAGACGGCGCCAUCGAAGACAUAAUUACAGUGCUGAAGACCGUCCCCUUUACCGCACGAUCAGCCAAGCGCGGCUCACGGUUCUUCUGUGACCCCACCCACUCCGAGGACUUCCAUUACUAAAUUAAAUUCUCUCCCUCAGAAAGACCUGCGCAGUCACCCUUUCCGCCGGGCCGAUGCCGUCCGAAGGAGUGGGAGGAAUAGCUUUGACAGACAGAGCCUUCAUCUUCUCCGAGUGGCCACCAUCUGCUGAGAAGGGCGUCCCGUCCAAUUAUUACAGAAAAAAAGAAAAAGAGGGGAGCACCGUGUUGCACCUUUCACUAGUUCCAAAGUUUAAGGUAGAAGCUGAAAUAAGUUUCAUGUUCUUUUUUUUCUUAUUAUUAAUUGCACUUGGAACUGAUUCACCUGCAAUGCAUAGAAGACGACUGGAAGCGAGCAGUCAUAGGUCAUAUCUAGUGCAUUCUGCAAGUGGAAGUGGCUCUACGAACAGAGACGGUGGCAGACAGAGGACGGAAGGAAAGUGUGUGGAUGGUCCACACAUGCUUGACUACUGUGGUGUUACGAACUAUCCCGUUAGCAGUGUUUAUGUCUGAUUUGGGACACAACCGAUGACGCACUUUGCUUUUAUUUUUUGAUAUUCUGCUGUCGUAAUGAACGUUCUUGCAAAGAGAACUGGAUGGAGAUUUAAGGAUGAGCGGGAAGGCAGACAACUGGUGCUAUGGAGGACAGUCUCCGUCACUGGUGCUAUGGAGGACAGUCUCCUUCUUUACCAACGAUUCACAAAAUCUCAGUGUAAUCCAUGAAGCUCAGUGUUAAAUGUAUGUCAGCACACACUACUUCUCCUGCUUGGCUUCUCUCGUGAUGUUCGUGAACUGUGGAAAGGACUUUUUACUUUUCUUCUUUUUAAAAGAAAAAAACAUUGAGGGAAAAAAGGAUCCUUUUUUAAAUAUACAGAUAUUUUGCUACGAAAAAGUGAACCCCUUAUUUUUUACAUUGACCAUCCAUUGUGAUAUUGUAAAUAUUGUCCAAACAAUCCGCUUCCUCUGAGAUCAGUUUAAUGUUAUGAUGUCACAGUGUAUCGCAGUAUUAUUUAGAUCCGUGGUGAAACAAGUGGAUCCGGUCAAUUUGUGCUAAAUAUCUCUCUCAUCACACGUAAUGGUAAUGGUAAUGGUAAUAGUCUGUGGUUGCACAUUACACUCAAAAAGCUUGGGCGGAUGUUAGGAUGUUAGUGGCACAUAUAGCAUUCCUUGGUUUACAACUGUUUAAACUGGAAUCAAUGGAAAAUAAAGCAACAACA